AUGGGGAAGAAUAUCCUGUUCCUCCUGCUGGGCCUAUCCUUUGUGGUGGGCUUCCUGCAAGCUCUGAGAUGUUUGCAGUGUGAUAUGCUAGAUGAGGAUGGAAACUGUGUGAAAAAUAACUCCACCUGUGAGGCUAAAGAUGACCAGGAAUGUGGAAUACUGGUAGUUUCUUCAGGUAUUGAUAUCCUCUUUGGGAUGCAAGAUUGUUCUUCCUGGUGCUUAAAUAAGACUUUCCACUAUCCUAAUCUAACACUGGAUUUUACAUGUUGCCAUGAUGAAUCACUCUGCAAUGAGUUUUAG